AUGGCAUUUUGGGAUAUAUUCGGUUGGGUCAGAGACAUGUUGUCGUCUUUGGGCUUAUGGAACAAACACGGUAAACUAUUGUUCCUAGGUUUAGACAAUGCUGGUAAAACUACCCUUUUGCAUAUGUUAAAGAAUGAUAGAUUGGCAACACUUCAACCUACCUGGCACCCUACUUCCGAAGAGUUGGCGAUUGGUAACAUCAAGUUUACGACUUUUGAUCUAGGAGGUCAUAUUCAAGCUCGUAGAUUAUGGAAAGAUUACUUCCCUGAAGUGAACGGGAUUGUGUUCUUGGUUGACGCAGCUGAUCCAGAGAGAUUCAAUGAGGCAAGAGUUGAGUUGGAUGCUUUGUUCCAGAUUGCUGAGUUGAGAACUGUUCCAUUUGUGAUCUUGGGUAACAAGAUUGACGCCCCCAAUGCUGUCUCGGAGACCGAGUUGCGUGCGGCGCUCGGGUUGUUAAACACUACUGGUGGUGCUCGUAUUGAAGGCCAGAGGCCUGUUGAGUUGUUUAUGUGUUCUGUUGUGAUGAAGUCUGGUUACCUAGAGGCCUUCCAAUGGUUAUCACAGUACAUUUGA